AUGGCUCGCUUCAACCCCUUCCUGGUCAUCUUUGUAUGCUGCGCUACGAUGAUACAAGCCCUGCCUGCUGCAGAAGAUCGCAACGCGACUGCCUCGUCGACCAGUUCUUCGACGGGGGUGCUCUCACCGUCUUCCUCUGCUAUCUCUACGGUGGCAUCCGGUGUGCCCGUGUCGUCCACAGCGGCCGCGCCACCUGAGUGGGAGACCGUUACGCCCGCUUCCUCGGACCCCAACUUGCCAAUCUUUCCUGUCGACGACACGAGCGUUGCCGAUCCCGAACCGACUCGCAACGGGCUUGGGUCGAAUAUCUUGGGGCCAAACAACAUACCUCUGGCUCAGCAGAAUCCCGACUUGCUCGCGCCUCCGACGACAGACCAUGGCGAUGUACCCAACGCCAAGUGGCCGUUCACCCUCUCGUGGAAUCGGCUGCAAACGGGUGGCUGGGCGCGUCAGCAGAAUAUCGAACAGAUGCCCCUUGCCACGGAGCUGGCUGGUGUGAACAUGCGCCUUGAGAAAGGUGCCAUUCGGGAGUUGCACUGGCACACAGCUGCCGAGUGGGCAUACGUGAUCAAAGGAACGACACAGGUCACUGCCGUUGAUACAGAGGGAAGGAACUACCUCGCCAACGUCGGACCUGGUGACCUCUGGUACUUUCCGCCCGGCAUUCCGCAUUCGCUGCAAGCCACGGGUGACGAUCCGGAGGGAAGCGAGUUCCUCCUGGUCUUCGACGACGGAGACUUCAAUGAGGAUGGUACCUUCUUGUUAACGGAUUUUAUGGCGCACAUUCCGAUGGAGGUCCUUUCCAAGAGUUUUCAGCUCCCGAUCUCAGCCUUCGACCAUAUCCCAUCGGAGGAACUGUACAUCUUCCCUGCCGAGGCUCCCGCGGACAAUGCGUCUGCAGUAUCUGAUCCAGCAGGUCAAGUCCCCAACCCGUACUCGUUUGCGAUGUCUCAGCUCCCCGCUACGCCGCUCAGCGGCGGGACCGUCAAGAUCGUCGACUCGACGACAUUUAAGGUCUCUACCGCCAUCGCGGCCGCGGACGUUACGGUUGAGCCGGGAGCCAUCCGGGAGCUGCAUUGGCACCCCACGGAGCCCGAAUGGGCCUUCUUCCUCUCGGGUCAAGCUCGGGUGACGCUCUUCGCGGCCCAGAGCAACUCUCGCACGUACGACUUCCAGGCCGGCGAUAUCGGCUAUGUACCCCCUGCUUACGGUCACUACGUUGAAAACGUUGGUAACGAGACGUUGCACUACCUGGAGAUCUUCAAGACCGAUCGCUACCAGGACAUCAGCCUUACCCAGUGGCUUGCGCUCACUCCGCCCGCCCUCGUGAAGGCACAUCUCGGAUUUGAUGAUGCAACUAUCGCACACCUCAACAAGACGAAGCAGGUCGUCGUCCAGAUCUAA